CAGUCUUCUUACAGGUGGCGCUCCCUCGAGGAAAAACGCGGAUUACUUUCUGGCCAUACGUUCCCCGAGUGAUGUUGUGCGUGUUUCGUGUCGUCUGCGAAACCAUCAGCGAAUUUCUUCGUGGUCAAGUGGUGAUCGCGUUGGCUUAGAUGUGAUCUGCGGUGCCGGUUGCAUUGACCGACACCGUUCCCCGUUUUGCUCCUGCGCUGUGCUACGUCAACCGUCAAGAUUUGCCGAAUCGUGAACAUCCCGGAAUCUGCAUGCAAUCCUCAGCAGUGUCCUGAGACUGCGUGCGACUUCCUCGGCGAUCGGCGAGCCCUGCUGAAGCGACCAGCCAGCGGGAUGAGUGCUGCCAAAGCGGCAAGCGCUCCCAAAGAGCGACGCAAAAAUUCUGAAAAACGCAAAGAGAAGUCACGGGACGCAGCGAGAUGCCGGCGCAGUAAAGAGUCAGAGAUCUUCACUGAGCUGUCACAACAGCUGCCGCUUCCGGAGAAUGUGGCCUGCCAGCUGGACAAAGCCUCGGUCAUGCGUCUGGCCAUCAGCUACUUGCGUCUACGUGAGAUCCUUGAGCCAAUAGCUGAUGUGGCCAAAUCAGCAGGCUGCAGCCCUUACGAUUCAUCAGUUCUGGAGGCCCUGGAUGCUGUCCUGCUGGUUUUGUCGACCGAUGGAGAGGUUGUCUACCUCUCGGACAAUGUAGGACGCCACCUCGGUCUCAACCAGGUGGAUUUGAUGGGUCAGAGCGUCUUCGACUUCUGCCAUCCUUGCGACCAUGACGAACUGAAGGAUGCCCUGCUGUCCAAACCUGAGGGCUUGCACGACAUGUCCCCCCAGCCUUGCCAUUUUCUCAUGCGCCUGCGCUGUACGCUGGGCAGCAAAGGCCGUGGGGUCAGCGUCAAGUCGGCCUCUUCGUACAAGUUGAUGCAGUGUGUGGGCACACGUGUUCUGCGUGAUGUGGUCCCCAAGCCUUGUCCCGACGAAGAGCUGCUGUCGCCGCCGGCGGUAGUGACCAAGGAAGAAGACGAGACACCCGUGUCGUCACCCAUGCCGCACCUGCCGAUCCGCGUCAUCAUCCACGAGCGGAGGCAUUUCCUGGUGUGUGUGGCUCAGCCCAUCCCGCACCCGUCCAACAUCGAGGCGCCCCUGGGCUCACACACAUUCCUCAGCCGGCACAACCCGGGCAUGUGCUUCACGCAUGUCGAUGAAAGAACGGAGACAUUCCUGGGCUAUACAUCUGAAGAACUGCUUGGGAAGUCCGUCUACUCCUACUUCGACCCAAGGGAUGUUCUGCACCUCCAACAGGACUUCAAAACAUUGUUCGCCAAAGGCCAGUGCCAGACAGGCCAGUACCGCUUCCUGGCCAAGAAUGGUGGCUGCGUGUGGGUGCUGACCCAGGCGACCCUCAUCUACGAGAACGGCAGCUGCAGCAAGCCACAAUGCGUCGUCUGCGUCAAUUAUGUGCUGAGUGGUGCCAGCGAGGGGCAUGAAGUGCUCGCGGAGCAGCAACUGACCCCCGCUGUGCAGCCGGAGCCGGGGCCAGAGCCCAAGUUGCAGCCACUUCCGUCUGCCCCUGUAGCUCAAGCAGCAGCAGAGGAAGAGGAGGAACAAGAGGAGGAAGAGGAAGAAGAGGAGGAGGAGGGGGAGCCCCUGUGUUUCACCAGCAGCACGAGCAAGAUCUUUGCUCCUCUCACAGCGGACAUGAGCAAGGGCUUCCUCAUAUUCCCUGAUGAAGAGAGCUCCACCGCAGUGCUGAAAGAUGAAGUUGAUGACCUGACUCACUUGGCACCACGGGCUGGUGACGACAGCAUUCCAUUGGAGGGUCUGCCUUCUGAUGUGCUUGGCGACGCAUUUUCCCUGUCGGACAUCUAUGGCGACGAACCCAAACUGCUGCCAGACUACGCACUGCUUCCUCCUGAGCCCGAGGAAGACUGCCCGCUGGGUCGGAAGGAUCCCUUUCUCAGUUACCGCGAGGACAGCGACCCACUGUCAUCGCCAGGAUCAUGUGGCACACCACCGUCUUCGGAUGGCGAAGGACGAAGCAGCAGUUGCUCGGAUGUUCCCAGCCUUGAAAGCCCUGUGGACCGGUUUGCUGGUCUCGACCUAAAGCCAGAGGGGCAUACAGAUCUCCAGGAUGAUGACUUUGACAUGCGAGCGCCAUACAUCUCUAUGACUGGAGAUGACUUCCCCCUGCUCAGUCCUCCCGACUCGGUCAUGUGGGGACCCCAGGACUCUCCUACUGGAAGCUCCUCCAGUCGGAGCUCUCUCUGCAACAGCCCGACAUUCUUCGCCACCUCACCGUCUCCUCCGAGCCCAACAUUAGGCUCCCUAGGGCCCAACCCAAAGUCCAGCCUGGCUGCCCUCCUGGUAGCCGAACUCCCACCACCUAUAGCGAGGUCACGGGAGUGGACCAAACAUCGAGCACGAACGAACCAUCCGAGGUCAUUAGGAGUCUCUGGGCCACCACGGCAAGACUUGGCAAGGUCAUCACGCUUGACACAUCCACACCAUCAGCAGCAAACAGCAGUGCGAAAUCACCUGACACGGGGUCUGUCUGCGGCGACUGACUUUCGGCAUCAUGCGUAUGUGACAACAGCGCUGGAGCAGAAGAUGGGGAUGCCUUCCCCCCCGGACCCACCGCCAAAGCGCAGCUCUACGGAGCAGGCCCUGGGGGCUGGACAGCUGGCCAGCCCCAAGAGGAUGCGGGUCGACCUGCGAGGCUUGCAGCUCCAGAACAAAGACAGCGUGCUGCUUAACUUGCUGGUAAAUGGAGAAGACGCCUGCCAUGGAUACCUGUGCCAAACCUUGCGCUAUGACAAGAGGUGCCCACCGUCGUCUCCACGUCCCGCUCCUCUCCUGCUUGACGAGCCAAUCCCAACACUGCAGGACCUGAGUCAGCUGGAUGCCGAGGUCAAUGCCCCAAUCCAGCAACUGCUCACUGGCGAGGACCUGCUCAGUGCCCUCGACCAGUCAGUGCCUGCGCUCGUCUGAGCAAGUGGCCUGGACACCCAGCUCCCCCCCCCCUCUUUCCCUCCCUCUGUCCUCCUUCCUUUCUGCCCGACCCUCGGCUGUCGUCUCAAGAGGCCCAGAAGUCAGGGAGCAUCUUCUUACAUUGUGCCCCAUAACUGAGGCAACACGGUCAUCGCGAUGACGCCGCUCGUGUGGAAACAGCGUGCACGUGCUUGCGCUUUUGGAGAAGUUGCAGAGUGCCCCACAUUCCGAAAAAGUGGCGCUAAUUCACGGCGGCCAAACAACUUCUGGCGCCCUCCAUUCAAGAGCGUUGUGCUGCUGUUGCUGGCCACCUGCGCAGUUUUGUCUGUUUUGCUGUCCCAUCAUCUGUGUGCACUGUCUUCCGGCAGCCCAUUUCUCUCCUGCACAGCCUUCCAUUUCUUCUGUUGCACACAAAGGCAUGAGUUCACCAAGAAGCGUUGCCACAAGCCUAGGUUUGCUGCGUUGGUUGGCGGAACACUUGUCUGGUUGCAGCUGCCCUGCCAUGUCACGCCUUCGGCGCUGCUGUCCCGGCAGCCCGAGUUCGUGUGGUCUAAUCCCAUCCGCUACUUGGAAGACCUUGCCCCCCCCCCCCCCCCCUCCUCUCUUACUGCCGCCUUUACAGUGGCCAGGCUGUCUCGCAAAGUGACACAUUCUACUGCCACACACACUCUUUGCCACUGCCUCUGCGCAUCUGACAAAUGCACCUCAUUCGCAGAUGCUGUUUCAACAUUGGAGGCUAUCUGCCUCGGGACACAGGAUCAAAGAGAGCUUUGGCAUGUGGACAUCUUGCUUUGGCUUUACCAUUUCCGUCUCAAUCUUUCACCUUCAUUUGAGCCUCCUGUUGUGGGCAACCGUGUCUGCUUGGUAAAAAGGUGCUCUCAUCUUGCCCACUCAAUCUUUUCUCUUUUUGUUCUCUCUUUGAUGUUGGAUUAUGUUCAGUACUGUCUUCGAUUUUAGGGCUGAGCUUUCCUUUUAGCUGGGCAGCGCGAGGCUGCGGGCUUGUGUAGGCCACAUUACGGGUACACAAGCAAACACCUGUACAUAGCUUUCUUUGUGCCCUCCUUUCCCGAGUUUCUUCCUCCCCCCCUCCCCCCGUUUUUUUUUUUUUUUUUCUUUUGUGCCACAUGUAUCACUUCAUCCUAGAGUACAAAUCUCACGAGGUCUCUGUGUGCACAUAUGUAAAACAGUGGUCAGGUGGUUCUUAUAAUCAGCUGUUCGACUGCACCCCGGUUUGGCAGAUGCUUUUGACGGGAAGAGCACACUGCCCGAGACGAUGACAGCUGCAGUUGUGUUUCAUGCGAUUUUGCCGGUGUUGUCGUGAACAUUUUCUGUGAGGUUAAACUGAUGCUCCUGCUGUCAAUUGGCAGUUGUAAAGUACUGAACGAUUAUCAGACACUGAGAAAAAGCAGCUUACAACGAUGUGUCCUUGCUUCUUUUGCUGUCGAUGCUGGGCAGGUCAUGACAGUAGCUCGGGCACACGUGCGAGGGAAACAUACCUUUAAAUGCUUCGUACAAUUGAGUGCUGCUUUUGAAUGUGUGAAAUCAUGGUGGUACGAUGGACACGCUAUAUCAAAUUAUGUCAUGAGCUCAUUAAAUGCGAAGUGAACAAGUAACAGCUACGCAGUUCCAAUACAAAAAAUAUUUUGCUGUUUAUUUUGCAACCUUUUGUAGGCCGGAAUGUGAGAUAUUUAGUGGCUGCAAGGACCUUUCUUUUUCUUUUUUUUAAAUGCUGUAAUUGUAGCGAGCAGCAAGUCAGAAUGUCGCAAGUCACAUGAACAGAGUGCUGCUCUUUGUUUAUUGUGCUUUUAAGCUAUUAAAUUGACUGCUGUGGUUUUGUUUGAAGAUAGAGAGGAAGGGAGUUAAACAAGAUGGCUUGUACAGUUUGACUUCAGAGACAGGAAUGUUUCACUCUCAUGUACAUUCCGCUUCACUAGUUAAUAUUAAUUGAUUAAAUCUUUCACCUCUCUUGGCUGUGUUCAGGGAUCGAAGCGAGAACCUGCAUGCUUCUACUCAGGUAAGGGCUAGUCAGCUAGAGCUCGAAACAUUAAAUGAUCAGUGAAUCUAAUGACAGAUACUGUAGCCAGUGUUGUGCAAGCACGUUAGCUAUGCCAGGUAUGCAAAUAACGAGCGCUGUGAUGCUGUGAUACGGUCUGAGCGCUGCGAUACGGUCUGCCACAUUGGAGUCAGUUUCUUGAGAUGUCGGCAGUCUGCCUUUGUUUCUCGCAGCCAAGAAUGCAAUCUCCUUUCUUCAUUCUUCAAUCAUUCUGAUCCUCAGCAGUCUUGAAAGUUGCGGCUGAAAGAAAAACAAGCCUAAGUGGUGCCGUUCCCUGCUUGUUCAGGAAGUACUGAGAACAUGCGAGGGAGAAGUGCAAUCUUGCAAGAUUGAUUGUAGCUUUGAUUACUGUAAGAGUUAUUUUCACUGGUCACAACAUAUAUUUUGAAGUUGCUGUGCGUUUUUGACAAGCUCCGCAAGCUUGUCCAAAUGUCCACAAGCUUCACUGUGGAUACUUACACAAAAGCUGAAGUGAUAAAACUGAUCUGUCAGCUUCUAUUUUUGUCUAAAACUAUUUGUCAGCCCAUCCUAUUUUCCAAAUGCAACAUUGCCACUUCUCGACAAACAACCUGCAAUCUGUCUGUUGAAUCUUGGCAGCUAGCAUUGCAUACAAAUGCAAUAACAUUGCUCUGACAGAAGGUAGCCACGUGUACCAUUGCACCAUCAAGGCUUCACUCAUUAACAUACCUUUAGUGUUUUAAAGUCUAGCUUCUAAGCAUGUCGUGUAGAGUCAGAAAAAAAAAAAGCUAUUUCACUAUAAUAGAAGUCGCCAUAGCCAUGUCAUAGCUGGCCUAUUGCUCAGCUGCUAGUCGUUCUUUACUUUUUUUCUCUCUCUCCUUUUCAUUUUUGAAUCGUUGGUACUUGCGAAUCUUGGAAACAAAUUCUGAGGACUGCACCGUCUGUUGAGCACACUCAACCAAAGUGCCUGGUCUGCGCAGAUUCAGCGCGCCGCACAAAACGUCCAAGACUUGCAUGCUGUGGCCCCGCAUGCCUAUUUUUCUCAUGCGAUGCAACAGUAGACUACCGUUAACUCAACUAACUGUGAUUAUUGGGCACCAGAGAACCACCUUGACCCAAAAGUAUUGUGUGCUGCAUUCUUUGUAAAGAACUGAAAGUGUACUGAAAAUUUUUGCUGCAAAGUGUGUGCAUUAUCCUUUUGCACAUUCCGCCUCGUAUGUUGCUAGUGAUGUGUUGUAUGUGCUGUUAUUUCUGGCAUGUUAUUAUGAAAAUUGUUGAUUGGGGGAAAAAAAAAACUGUAUAACAAAGCUUCAUUGCUUAUGAAUGUUUGCACAGUGCUCUCAAAUGUUGGUGCACCUAACCAUGGUUACCAUCGUUGUGACGGAUGUGAUCGCACUCGCAAGAAGCUUGAGUUUAGGACACAGUUUGUUCCAUGGUGGCCGUUUGCAAAAUGAAACUCAAGCAUCGUCUCCAGUUAACUUAGAGCUGUGACAGAAAAUGAGAAUUUUGCUCUGCUGAAGAGCUUAGUACUAAACAAAAAGCAAAAGGUUUUUCAUUCUUGCAUGAGGUUGUAACUUGCACAUGACUCAGCACAUUCAUUAAGCUGUGGCACUGAUUUCGUUCCCAUUGCAGACCCCAGAAGGCUGCUUAUGAGUAGCCUCGCUUUGUUUUGAGCAGAAUGAACCAUCAGAAACAAGGAGAGUAUGCUUGCAUUUGUCCGUCAGUUUCGCAUCAGUGUUUUUCAUUCAAGUAUGAGCCGCUACAACGCAAAUCUUACGCAGCGCUUGGUGGAAUGCAGUGCUUGACUUAUCAGUAGUCUACUGUACUUGAUGUGGGCUUGUAGGCUUUGUGCACACUACAGGAAGCUUUCAAGCUGGUUAUUCUGGGCUCACAGUAACAUAAAUACCAUCUGCGGAAAUUGCUGCAUUGCAGUGGCGUAGCUAGUAAUACCUGCGCCGAAGGAGCUUGUCGGCGACUGUCCAGAUGUCGCAGAAGGCUUGCAGACUGGGCAGUUUGCUUUGCAAUUGGGGGCACGGAAUGUUCUUCGACAAGCAUGCAAGUGUUCGUGAAGAAAGCCUGGCCUCUGAACCUUUUCUUUUUUUUCAUCCGUUUUUUUUUUUUCUUUUUUCUUAGAGAAUGUUGUGUACAUAGCCGCACCUUUGUAUUGUUCUGUUCUUUCUCGAGCUGCUGCGAGCCCCACCAUUCAUUGGAAGGGAACGAGCGUUGUUAGCUGCCACCAUAUGUUGUGGCAGCAGAUUGUUGUUAACAUUUCAGGCCCGAUUGUGUAUCUGGUUCUAAUGUUAUGUUUUAUGUUCAGAAUAGCUGGUUUGUUAGGGUGCGCGCCUUCCUCACAUUUUUUUUUCCUCUGGUAGAGUCUUGCCUCUCAGGAAAAAUACAAGUGAGAAAAGUAUGGCAGCGUACAUCGAAAGUUCUGUCUAGUGAGAGCGAGGAGCCAUUUUGUUGGCUAGCAGAGAUAUAAAUAUAUAUAUCCACGUGCGUAUUCCCGACAGUCUCCAUGUUUCAGUGUGCUGGCAUAGGCCUUUUCUCUUCGAUUGUUUCUUGCCUCGUACAUGUAGACUGUCUUGAGCAGUUUUCAUUUCUUUGUCAUCACCACCGGUUACCGGACAUGGCGACCACUGUGCGCAUCUCCUUGUUUGUCCACACAGCCAUGGCUAAGCUGGCGGAUAAAAGUCAUUUGGUCUCUCUCCAUGUCUCGCAUUUUGUUUUACCUCUUACCUUGCUUCAGGCAGAGUGAUUACUGCUGCUGUUUACAGAUGGCAUGGACUACAUGAAGUGACACUAAAUAUAUAUUCUACCAUCAAGCAAAAUGUUUUGAAUGGUAUUUUUGUCAGGCUGAAACUUAAGACAGGAAAGCAGAGUUGUUGGACAUUGUUAACUGUACGGACACCCACGCAUCAAUACUCUUGCAUUACACAAGCUGUUGUAAAGUACAAUGUAGUUACAAUGAAAAAUAAAAGUAUCUUUUCCAUUUA